CAUCCAUCUAACCUUCUUGUUCACAGACUUCUACUAUUUGAAUAAACUCUGCUGCAAUGGAGCUUAACGAGAUCUGUUGCAUACAAAUGCGAUAUUGUCUCCUUUGAAGGCCGCAAGCAUCUUCGACGAUUGUGUUUGCGGCCAAAAGGAGAUAAUAUUCGUUUGUCUGUGACGACAAUACGGACGGCUACAUGGCGAGUUUCAUCAACAGGGGGCUGGCUUUUCUCUGUAAUCCGCUGCACUUCAGUACCAUCAGGACCCUUAUCAUUCAACAUGCAUCCCUAAUUAAAUUCAAAGUUUUCAGGCUUUUACACACAAACUGUUUUUUAAACCAUUUUAUCUCACGAAUUAUGGAUCCAAAACAGAACUUUAUUAUUAUUAUUUUAUAUAUAUCUGUUGGGUUGAUAAUAUGAUCGAUUAUCUACUUGGAAUCCCAUGAAAUCCGUUGUAGUUGACCCCAUUAUCUACUUGGGAAUGACAUUUGAGAGAAAUGACAUUGUGGGUCCUUCGAAAGUGGAUUUUAGGUACGUUUGUAUGCUCCUACCACUUACUUGAUAUUAAUGACCGUGCCAUAAGGCUCGAGUAAGUAUUAUGUGUAAGUUUUCAGUUCAGAUGUUAUUUUGAUUUGUGGUUCACUGCGUGUGAGUUAUGAACGUCGGAUUUAUCGGAAAAUGAUCGAUUUUGUUCAGUUUGAGAUAAUUCGGUCAUCAUUCCAUAAUGCUUUGAAGCAUUCACAAUUUGAGGGCUUUUGCUGACAAAAGUUUUUAACCGCUAGGAAAAUGCAGAGGAAAGCUUUGAGGAAUUACAGGAACUUUUUGAAGAGAUGUUUCAAAUGGACAUUGAUUCAUUAGGGUCGAAUGGUCAGCAGACUACGCCCUGCCCUCCUUCAUCUCGGUUCGCAUCUUUUGGUGGAAGUUCUGGUUCCAACAAGCGGAAUUCUGCUGAUAUGAGUUCCGGUGGGACGAUGCGGGAGAGUACUUCUAGCUUUGAUGCUCAAUUUAACGGCUUCUAUCUUGGGACGGGAACGCAAGGCAGGUAUCAAGCUUCGGAGAGGAGCCAAAGGAGGAAUAACAGUAGGCGAAGCCGGCGAUAGUAGGUGGAGAAACGGCAGGAAACAAAAGGUUUCGUCCAGUCAGGAUUACGGCAUCUCCGGUUCAUGAUCAGCCCCAUUUGUACUAAUCGAUUAUAUUGAUCCGAACCAAUUAGGGAGAUGACUGCUACGGAAGCCGAAACCGAGGGUGAGAAACAUCCCGAUGAACUGUGGCACCAUUCGAGUUGUAAUUUUGUUUCCACGGUUGUGGUUGACCAUGUUCAUGAAUUUACAUUUAUAGCU